CGUAAGGGAUUUAAGUUUAUUUCACAAAAACCGUUAAUGCUGCACAAAACUAGAUGUAUCAAGUCCGUGGUGGUUUUCAUUUCAAAUUAACUGCCAGAUAGCCAAUCACUUUAAAAAAUAUAGAAAACAAAUCUACAAAAAAUAUGGCAUUUUCCAAACUUCUGAGGCCAAUUUCUUCUACAGUAGCGCAGAAAUAUCUCGCACAGGUCGUUCGACAAACACAUCAACAAAUUACAAAGCAAAUUGAUGUCCAAGGAUCCUCUCCCGUUUGCUCAUAUAACGAAUGGGACCCUCUUAAAGAAGUCAUCGUCGGGCGUGCAGAAAAUUCUUGCGUUCCUAAGCUGACAAUUGAGGUAAAAGCUAAUAUGUAUGAGACUCAAUGGCAAUUUUACAAAGAAAAUGGAGGGAAGCUCUUCCCAGAGGCACACGUUAAGAAAGCUGCGGCUGAAAUCGAAGAAUUUUGCAACAUUCUUGAGCACGAGGGCAUUGUGGUAAAGAGGCCUGAUGUUAUUGAUCAUACGAAAAGCUACGAAACACCAGACUUCAAAUCCCAAGGCAUGUAUGCUGCCAUGCCGAGAGACAUACUUUUAGUCAUUGGAGAAGAAAUUAUUGAAGCUCCAAUGGCCUGGAGAUCAAGAUUCUUCGAGUACCGAGCCUAUCGUAGACUUGUCAAGGAGUAUUUCAAUGCAGGUGCAAAAUGGACCACGGCACCAAAGCCAACAAUGGCAGAUGAACUUUAUGACCAGGAAUAUCCUAUGGAAUCUGUGCAGGAGCGGCACAAACUAGUGGCUUCAGGACACUUUGUGACAACAGAACACGAACCUUGUUUUGAUGCAGCAGAUUUCAUGCGAGCUGGAAGGGAUAUUUUUGCGCAAAGAAGCCAGGUAACAAACUACGAAGGUAUCAAGUGGCUUCAGAGGCAUCUUGGAGAUGAAUACAAGAUUCAUAUACUUUCCUUCAGGGAUCCAAAUCCUAUGCAUAUUGACGGCACGUUCAACAUAAUUGGACCCGGACUUGUGAUAUCGAACCCUGCCCGACCCUGUAAUCAGAUUGAAAUGUUCAAGAAGGCUGGAUGGAAGAUUGUUGAAGCACCUUUACCGUUGAUUCCUGAUUCACAUCCGUUGUGGAUGACUUCUAAGUGGCUAAGCAUGAAUGUCCUGAUGCUUGACGAGAAGCGAGUUGUUGUGGAUCCAAAUGAAGUAACUACUGUCAAGAUGUUCGAAUCACUUGGGAUCAAAUGCAUACCAGUCAGCAUACGACACGCAAACUCUCUUGGGGGCGGGUUUCACUGCUGGACUUGCGACGUUCGCCGUGAAGGAACUUUGGAAUCCUAUUUCUGAUUCAUCAAAAGUCUUCAAAGGAACUCAAUCAAUUAGUCUAAAUAUAAUCUCUAAUUUCAUAUAUUCAUUAUUCAAACAUAACUCGACAAAAUCUAAAUUUAUUUUGACUUCUAACAAAGUCUAAUCGUCGGUUGGAUGGCAAUUUGUUGUAUUGUACAUGGAACAGUGGCUGGAUGAGUGUAUGCCAUCAAAAAAUCAAAUAAUCUGUGACGCAGUUAAAAUUUUCACCUUUGAGGAGAAAGAAGUAUGUAUGCAUCUAAUUAAAUUCGAUUUUACUUUUGUGGCAUUGCUUCUUUUUUUUAAUUGGCCAGAGCCGAUGCCACAAUGGGGCAUGGGAGGGCGCGUCGCUAUGGGGUUCCUUUGGCAAGCAACUCGGGGAUUUUUCCGGUCAAUCAUGGCAUCCUUUACAGUGGGAAGCAUAAAACAAAUGACAAAACAGGUUAAUUAAGAUAUGUAUUAAAAAUUUUGCUAUAUGCGGAAGCAUCCGUAACACCAGAAUGUGCUGCAGAGAUUAUAAUUUAAAAAUAGUCAACCUGGAAAACAAGAGAGGCUCGACUUCCCUUCAAAUGAUCAUUUUGUCUUGCAUUGUAUACACUCUCUAUUAGAACACGGGCCUCCAUAUUGGUCAGAAAAUAAAAACGAAUUAAGAAAAAGCUGAAGCUGAGCUACUGUAAAAUGUAAUUUUUGAACAAGAUUUUUUGCCAUCAAUGGGUGCCUUUUUGGUGAAUUUUCAAACCUGUCGCCUAUCCAUAACAAAACGUCAGCAAGCAGAAAUUAAUUUAAAGAAUAGCAAUGUAAAUAAAACGAAGGUUCUCACGUGUUUUUUCUCGCUUUUAAGUUCUCUAAUUCAGCUAAAAAGUCUCUUGUUUGUAAGUUGUUCUCUUGUUGUAAGUUUGUUAAUAUGCUGUUUAUCUCUCAAUUUAAAA